AUGUCCAUGUCUAUAGCUUCCUUUACUUUCUUGUUUCAGAGCCGUGAUAGUCUAUCUAUGAGAGUCAUCACUAAAAGUGUUUUUGCAAGCAGUGAUACAGAAGAUUAUUCAGAAACGGAAGAUAGAAGGAAAACUUGCAUAAAACGGACGAGUUCCUUAGGUCCUCCACGUUCUAAACCAUGUCUUGUGAACCGUAUUAGGUCUUUGAGCCUGGAAGGUCGCAGCAGCGAUAAUGAAGCUGCCGACCAGGCUCAGAAUCAGAUCAGUCGUAGCCCCUUCCCUUGGGGUUACCACAGUAUCUGUGUUGGGGGUCCUAGGAAUCUGUCACUCCAGUGCCACUUUGACCAGCUCAAGUCCUGCGAGCCGGAGUCUGACACGUCCAUAUCGAAGAACAUGAGCUCUCAGAGUGGAGAGCGUAUAACCCUUGUGGUCGAUGACACCCGCUUUGUCGUUGACCCAGAUUUCUUCAGAGCUCAGCCCAAUACCAUGCUUGGCAGAAUGUUUACCUCUUCCCUCGAAAACAAUUUUACCCGGCCAAAUGAGCGAGGGGAAUAUGAGGUUGCUGAAGGUAUCUCAUCUACAGUAUUCAGAGCAAUACUCGAUUAUUACAGAACUGGCAUGGUCCGCUGUCCACCAAGUAUAUCUGUCCAGGAACUACGUGAAGCAUGCGAUUAUCUUCUCAUUCCAUUUGAUUCUGAUACUGUCAAAUGUCAGAACCUUCGUGGUUUACUCCAUGAAUUAUCUAAUGAAGGUGCUCGGCAGCAAUUUGAUGAAUUCUUAGAGAACCUAAUUCUACCACAAAUGGUGGCUUGUGCAAAGCGAGGUGAUAGAGAAUGUCACAUUGUAGUCCUGACAGACGAAGAUGUUGUUGACUGGGAUGAAGAAUAUCCACCACAAAUGGGAGAAGAAUAUUCACAAAUUGUGCACAGUACACAGUUGUAUCGCUUUUUCCGAUACAUUGAAAACAGGGAUGUUGCCAAGCAGGUGCUCAAAGAAAGAGGCCUGAAGAAAAUACGUUUAGGAAUAGAAGGUUACCCUACUUACAAAGAAAAGGUCAAAAAGCGAGCUCGUGGUAGACCUGAAGUGAUUUACAAUUACGUCCAGCGUCCAUUCCUACGCAUGUCCUGGGAGAAGGAAGAAGCAAAAAGUCGUCACGUAGAUUUCCAGUGUGUAAAGAGCAAGUCCAUCACAAACUUGGCUGCAGCCGCCUCAGAUUCUCCAAAUCCCGACCAACCCAGCAGUGGCACAGGUGUUGCAGCAGGUGGUGGAAUUGGUGGUGGUGGUGGUGGUGGCGGCGCCGGCGGUGGUGUUGGUGGUGGGGCGGGGGGUGUUGGUGGUGGCAACGUUGGGGCUGGUGUUGGUGGUGGCUUGGGUGGUAUGAUGGUUGCCGGGGACGUCAUCAUUCAACAUCAGCAGGGCCAGGACGGCAGCAUCAAUGUCAUCCCUCCACAACCAUCACCCUCUGAGCCAUAUCCAGGGGUGCAGCUACCUCCUGAAGGAGAUGGUGAGUAA